AUGAGGUAUGUUUUAGCAAUUGAACACUUGGCCUGUCUACAUGACAUGUUCAAGGCGGUUGGUGACAAGUGUCCCAUUUUAAAAGAUCGUAGGCACAAUGUCUCAAAAACAACAAAAAGCAAACGUUUUUCGAAGUUUGCUUUUUAUAAGUGCACAGAACGGUCUCAAAAUUAACUAGACAAACUUGAGUGAUCGGAGCCAUGCCGAACGUCAGGCCAGACCGCGACACCGCUGUCACUUUGUCGCCAGUUGUGAGGCAUGGAACGGGGAGAGUCAGUGUUUCAUGGACAAACGUUUAACUUAAGUUAUCCUUGCAGUGACACUUUGCCCAGCCCCGAUCUGCCUGGCGUGGUGUCGGUGGAACUGCCAGCCGGCACUCAGAUUGUGGUUGAAGCACAAGUCUUGACGUCCGAUCUCGACAGGACCAUCGCUGAACAACAAGCCGAACAAGUAAGUAUUCAAAUACUGUCUUUUGAAAAUGAUUUUCGACUCUUUUUUAACAUAUUUAACUAACUACAAUAACAUUACUCAACUGACACUUUUUAGCAACCUCACGACCAACUCCAAGCCCAACCAGGCCAAACUGUGGGAGGAGGCAAGGCAAUGACCGCUCCACGUGGUUCCAAAGGACCAGUCAGGACAUUGUUUUGCAGAAAAUGUGAAGGGCAUGGCCAACAAGUGGUGCUCAAGGGCCAUGCCUCCAGCUGUCCUUACAACACAUGCACGUGUAAAACGUGUGCCAAUGUAAUGUCAAUGCGCGCCAACGCCAUUAUUAGAAGGUACAGGACGAGGACAUCAGAGUGCGGCCUCGUACUGAAACCUGUCCACUUCAAAAACGGAAACACGAGGCUGAGGGUGUUUCCCAAAUUUAUAAGCGGUAAGUAAUACAAUUACCCACUUGAAUGGUUUUUAGAGGAGGAGUGUCUGCCCAUUCCACAUGAACAACGACAACGUGAACUACAAGAACAACAGAAUGCGUCGGUGGAGAAGCUAGCAUUACUCAACGCGAACGGGAUCGACAUCCCCACUAAAACCUCAAAGUCCAUCUACAAGACAAACAGUAUGCGGAAUCUAGACGAACCAAUAACAAACGAAGACCCCAUGCCCAAAAGAGCUCAAUCCCACUCCCCCAACAAACCGGGCGAUUCCGGCUUCGAAGACGUCAAGCCAGAGUUCAAUGGCAGCUCCAUGAGUUCUCUCUACAAUAACGAUCAGAUCUUCACCGAGUCUCAGAACGACCAACCUCCUCAACAAAACGAAGCCCUAGUCAACGCUCUACUACAGAUGGUACAACAACAACGUCUCUCCAUGAACAACUACAACGACUUGUACCAUCUACCAACCACGUCUUCCUCAUCAAUCAACAUGCCAGCUCUUCUCCAGAAGAUGCAACAUCAACUAACUACAACAACAGCUGGAGAGUUCACAUCGACAGGCUUCUCUCAACCGAUAUCCAUCAACUCACAGCUUUCAGGUUACUAUCAGCCAGCGGAGAGAAAGGAGGACAUUCCAUGUGGUAAGCGUGGCACCCUGAAACAAAAUUAUAUUAACUUAUAGAGUUAAAAAAGAUCACGUUAUUAAAAGAUAAAAUGAAAUAAAAAAUAUUAUUGUUGCCUAAUUACAGAGUACAAAGCACCGGAAGAAUACCUCAGCCUCACAGAAACAUUGUGUUUGAACUCGGAAGGAAAGAAGAAGUUGACCAACACCAGAUACCAACAAUUUCUGGCAGCUGUCGUGGACCUGGAACAACAAUUCAUGCAAGACGAGUCGAACAUAAACGGUUACUGA